UCUUCUUCCCAAUUCUCAACACUGAACCAAACCCAGCAGCCCCACCAUCUCUGGCUCUCCUUCAACCACCGCCGCCAUGGAAUCCACACAACCACCGCCGCCACCACCACCAGCAGCGGCAGCAGCAGCAGCCUCCCCCAUUUCCACUCCCAAACCCCCAUUUCCAUCAAAGAAAAGCUUCGUCUCUUCUCUAAUGGAGGUCGCCACUCUCCGCUCCCCCUCCUUCAAAGAAGACACCUAUUUCAUUUCCCAUCUCAAAUCCUCCGAACGAAAAGCCCUCCAAGACCUAAAAAACAACCUCUCCGCCGCCACAACCACUACCACCACCACCGAUUCUCCCUCCAUGUGGGGCAUUCCCCUCUUAUCCGACGACGAACGCGCCGACGUUAUCCUCCUCAAGUUCCUCCGUGCCAGAGAUUUCAAAGUCCCCGAUUCACUUACCAUGCUUCAAAAAUCCCUCCAAUGGCGAUCGGAAUUUGGCGCCGACGGUAUUCUCGAUGAAGACCUAGGGUUUAAGGAGCUUGAAGGAGUCGUCGCGUAUAUGCAGGGCUACGAUAGAGAAGGACACCCCGUUUGUUACAACGCUUAUGGGGUUUUCAAGGACAAGGAAAUAUACGAAAAGAUCUUCGGCGAUGAUGAAAAGCUUAAGAAAUUUCUCAAAUGGAGAGUUCAGGUUUUGGAACGAGGGAUUAAUCUCCUCGAUUUCAAGCCUGGUGGGAUUAAUUCGUUGAUUCAAGUUACUGAUCUUAAGAACAUGCCCAAACGAGAGCUGCGAGUAGCGUCCAAUUCAAUUCUCUCGCUGUUUCAAGAUAAUUACCCUGAAUUGGUUGCUCGUAAGAUUUUCAUCAAUGUGCCUUGGUACUUCAGUAUUUUGUACUCAAUGUUUAGCCCCUUUUUAACUCAACGAACGAAGAGCAAAUUCGUCAUCGCUAAAGAAGGCAACGUUGCCGAAACCCUUUACAAGUUCAUUCGACCGGAGGACGUUCCGGUGCAAUACGGCGGCCUGAAUCGCCCAAGCGACUUGCAAAAUGGACCCCCAAAACCGGCGUCGGAGUUCGCCGUGAAAGGCGGAGAGAAAGUGAACAUUCAAAUAGAAGGGAUUGAGGGAGGCGCCACAAUCACGUGGGACAUCGUCGUUGGAGGCUGGGAAUUAGAAUACAGCGCCGAGUUCAUCCCAAUCGCCGACGGCAGCUACACCAUCGCCGUGGAGAAGCCAAGGAAAAUUUCAGCCAAUGAAGAAGCAAUUCACAACUCAUUCACCACAAAAGAACCCGGAAAGAUGGUGAUCUCCGUCGACAACACCGCCUCCCGGAGGAAAAAGGUCGCCGCCUACCGUUACAUAGUCCGGAAAUCAACAGCCAUCUAAACAGCGAAAGGGUAAUUUGAUUCUGUAAUGGUUUAUCUCUGAAUUGGGUUUUUGUUUUAGGUGAGAUUUAAAUGAAUGAGUUAAUUACAAUUAUUAGUUGGGUUUUGUGCUGAUUUUGAGAACUGGGAACUGAGGUGAUGUUUAGCUGUUUGUUCAUAUAUGAGUAAAGGGGAAAGGUUGUUCUUCAUA